AUGGUUGAUGAUGCGAGAACCAAAUUUGAAGAAAAGAAGGCAGGAACCUCUAGUGCACCCACCAGUAGACAAACUAGGAGUGUAAAUGUCAAGAAGGAGAAGCCCCCUCCUCCUCCAAAGAUACAAAUCAGAAGAAAGGCAAAGAAAGAUGAGCCUCAAGCACCUAAAACACCUAAAGCAAUAGAGAAAAGGAAGAGAGAACAAGCAAAAAUUUUUUUCAAGGCUGUAGCAGAGGAAGAAGCAAAGGAAACUGAAUCAGAAGGAGGAAAGAAGGAACUGAGAGCAAGUGGAAAGAAAUAUAAAGUGGUUGGUGCACCCACUGUCAAAUCAGUUAAGUUUGUGCAAGCUGAGACUGAGGAAAUUUUGAAGAGGUUUUUAGGACUUGAAAGAGAGGAACUGGAUAUGAUAGAAACUUAUGAGGAAGAAGAUAUUCUGAAGGAACCGGUAAUUGAAGGUGAACUACUAGAUGUAUUUGAAAUUGAUGAGAUAUUUACUCAAAAAGAGAAAGAACCAGAAGGUGGUACUACAUCAGUACCUACUAUUACAAAAGAACAACAAGUAUUUUUGAAAGUGAUUCCAACUGGUAAAGAUGAAGAGGGGACAAAAACUCAAGAGAAUGCACAAAUAGAUGUUGAGCAAACUAAAAAGUCACCGGAGAAGGCAGAAGAGAAGCAAAAAGAAGAAGAAGAAGAGCAGAAAGUGACCGCCUGA